AUGGAGAUAGAACCAACCUUUAGUGCUUCACCUAAUUUCCAAUUACCUCCUGGUUUCAGAUUCCAUCCAUCUGAUGAAGAACUCAUUGUUCACUACCUGCAAAGAAAAGUCACUUCACGGCCACUUCCAGCACACUUGAUCACAGAAAUCGAUCUCUAUAAGUAUAAUCCAUGGGAGCUACCUAAGAUGGCUUUGUUUGGGGAAGAUGAAUGGUAUUUCUUUAGCCCGAGGGAGAGGAAGUAUCCCAACGGGGAGAGGCCUAAUAGAGCAGCAGCUUCAGGUUACUGGAAAGCUGCUGGAAGUGACAAGCCAAUUCUCACCUCUUGUGGAAUAUCGAAGCGCAUAGGAGUCAAGAAGGCUUUGGUCUUUUACACUGGUCGAGCUCCAACAGGAAUUAAAACUGAAUGGAUCAUGGUCGAGUAUAGACUGCUCGACAGUACAACUAAACCCUCAAGGUCAAAAGGGUCUAUGAGGUUGGAUGAUUGGGUACUAUGUCGGGUUCAACAGAAAGGAAACACAUCAAAGAAUACAUGUAACAGUCAAGGCUCUAGCCCUGAAUAUUGGAGUUGCCUACAGAGAGUUGAGCAGACACAGCAUGCAUCUGCCGACCUUAAUACUGAGAUGACCAAUGAUUUCCUUUACAAAGACUGUACACUAUUAGCUUCCAUCCUUGCUGGUCAAGCUCCACCUAUUUCAAGUGUUAGCUUCCAAAGGACCAACGAUGGCUAUGAAGUUGGUACUAAUUAUAAGGUAAACUCCACGAUAUCCAUUUCUACUCCGGGGAUUAUUUCCGACACACUAAAAAGGAAAAGUACAGAAGAAAUUAUAAAAGAAAAUCCCUUUCGACUCGACAAUAAUCUAGCAAGCAAGAACAGUGAUGAGGAUCUUCUUCCUAGCAAGAGACUGGAAGAAAACUAUAUCAACAGCUACAACCACAAUCACUCUCAAAAUAAUAUUCUCGAAGCUAAUCCAAUAGAUACUACUGACUAUGAAGAACUCAAUGAAAUGGCCAUCCUUGGUAGGUACUUUGCAGGAAUCUGA